AGGUAGCCAGUGUACACGUAUUGAUUCACAACAGCCAUUGUACAGUGUUUGUAUGCAAGGCCCUGAGCUGGCGAGAUUGCAUGACUGAGUCACGCGAUAGCAACAGAUAGCCAAUCAUUUCAUGUCAACUUUCGUUUCUCCAUUUCCCGGUAUUUCCAACAAUGGCCGACUAACAAAUUUUCUUUCACUUGUCAAAUCAACACUAGCCAUGGACACUCAUGUUAUCUGGAAAAUUUGCUAUAUAGGCUUGAUCGGAUCGUAAUGUCCACCAAGGCACAUGAAAAAUGUAUAAUGAAUGAACAGUGAUAUAACCCAGAUAUAACAUCUACGGAAAUGUCCAAGUUUGAUGUGGAUGAGUCGGUUUGUGAAGUCAGUGGUGCUUCUCUGAUCAUGGUUGGUACAAUGAACACAAUCAAUUACAGCCCUAGGUCUGUUGACGUGGAUUGUAUUGAUGAAUCACCAGACACUAGUACUGAAUCUGAAGAGAAUUCGUUUCUGGAUGAAAACAUAUCUUCCAAAGUAGAUGACACGAAAGAUAAAUUUCAGGAAGACACGAAAAUAGAUGAUGUAUGCCCUCAGCGUGACACACAGAAGGGCCACUCUCCCACAGAGAGCUUUGAAGAUGGGGAGUCUUCCACAGGGCUUGAGGAUGAGAAUGAGAAUGAGGAUGAGGAGACAUCUGGUGAGCUAGAAACAACCACCUCAGUGGUCAUGUUUGGAAACUCAAAUACCCUUAACAUCAACAUGGCUGACGACAUUCGAAGCAUCGACUUAGGAAAGGAUACAAAGGUCACCAUUAAAUACAGAAAAACGAUUAAUCCCUGCAAUAAAGAUCCUCCCACAGAAUCUAACAAUGAAAAACGUCAGCUCAGGAUAACAAUAGAUGUAGAAGACAUUCCAUAUGCAAUGGAUGCAGCCUUUGCCAAUUAUCACCGCCCUAGGGCAAAUCUGAAAGAGAAGUUAGGCAAACUUUUCGAUCAAUUAAACUACAUAAUUGAUUUAGUAACACCAGGGUCCAUUGUAAUAGAGUUACGACCAACAACAGGGAACUCUAUUGAAGCACUGCUAGCAUCAAUAGAGAAUGGGCAGUUUGAUAACAUAGUCAAGGAACUAUUAAGUGACGAAUCAGUAUUCAAGCUGAUUGCUGGUAAAGAAGUGACUGUUACUGUUGACUUGAGCAUCCCAGAGGAGCUUAUCCAGAAAGCUGGGACAUCUGUCAAGUAUCCCUCUCCUGUUCUGGAGACCAGCGUGUUGUCAGAUGUGACUGUGACAGUGCGAGAGGAGGGCCAGGACGAUGAUAACAGCAGUCAGUCGUCAUCCGUUGAUCCCCCUGAUCUACAAUGUGUGGAAGAAGAUCUAUCCACUAGUGUUGACCCAACGCCAUCAGCAGAUGACCAAGGCGGUGCGGCCAUCAGCGUAUCAUCUUCAAGACAAAAAUAUGGUAGACCAGGAAAGCUGACUCUUUCGUCACUGAAGUUGUUGCAGGAUUCUGACCCAUCAAAUAUAAUCAUAUUCCUCAAUGAAGACAUCAGAGGUUUUAAAACAAUGUUGACUGGACGCGACGUGACACCAAGAGACAUCAAACUGAUGGUCUCUGUCCUGAGUAAAGCAGUUCAUUGUGAAUCAAUGCCAAAAGGGAUCAACAUCAUACUCAGUACUGUUGUCAUGACCCCUUUCUUUCGGACACCAUACACACGUUUUCUGUCAUGUCUUGACACUAAAGACACAUGCCAAGUGACGUUGGAGAGUCUUCCAAUCUUCAGAGAGAUUUUGACAAGGAUGCCGUCUGAGGGAUGGCAUAUUGUGAACACUAUUGCUCUACUAUCGCAUGGUUUGUUGCAAAGGAAUAACGUGAAAGAUGCUGCUGUCAUUAAAUGCAUAGAUGAAUUAAAUGAACUUCUGCGGAUAUCUAAACCAGAAACACCCGAAAUGGAUGUUUCAGCAGGCAUGCAGGGAAUGGAGGAUGACGAUGAGCUUGAAACACCGCCAGAAAGCUUUCGUGAUCUUCCAAUUAUCCCCAGGAAGGAGGAACUGGAUGGAUCUGUGGAGAUUUUCCUUUUGCGGAAUAAAGUAGGAACAAGAUUUAAAGAUCUGGAGCAUUAUCUCGAAUGUCAGUUCCGCCUCUUCAGAGCUGAUGUCAUCAUGCCUCUCAAGAGAAACAUUCAAGCCUUCAAAAAGGCCGAUGAAGACGCGUUAAAAGAUUACAGGACAUAUGCAGGUGUGCACAUUUUGCGCCCUGUCUGUUCAUCAAAUGGUCUUUGCUACAGACUUGCUUUUGAUCACAGGCCUUUACAAAGAGUCAAGUGGGAAUCAAGUCAAAGAUUGAUCUAUGGCUCACUGCUGUGUUUGUCAUCAGAUAAAUUCAUUGACAAUGUCCUCUUUGCAACUGUUGACAGUCGUGAUCCUGCACACCUAAAGCAUGGAUUAGUUGAUGUGAGGUUUCUGUCUGAUUUAACAGAUACUGCUUACAGAUCACGAGCUGCUCGCUUCGAUAUGGUAGAAUCACCUGCUUAUUUUGAAGCUUAUAAGGACGUUUUGAUUUGUAUGAAAGAGAUGACUGGACACAACCUACCUUUCCAGGAGUAUAUUGUACAAUGUGAAAACACUGUGAAGGAACCUCUCUAUCUACAAAAACAAAGAAAUAUUAUGUAUGAUCUCAGACCUCUUGUAGAUGACAAGUUCAAAAUUCUUGAUAGAAGCGUGAGCACGCCUUCUGAAGCAUCCUUGACUGAAUCCAAGUCAACUCGAACAGUAUGCAUUCAAGAUACAAGUUCUUGGCCUCUGAUUAAUUGCUUAGAUGAGUCACAAUCAAAAGCCCUACAUAAUGCUCUGACAAGAGAGUUUGCCUUAAUACAAGGGCCGCCUGGAACUGGAAAAACUUACCUUGGAAUAAACAUUUUAAAGACUCUUCUUCAUAACUCGGACGUGUGGCUUCAUGGACAACCACAUAGACCUAUUCUUGUGGUAUGCUACACCAAUCAUGCAUUGGACCAGUUUCUUGGAGGAAUGUUAGACGUCUUUGAUGGGAGACUAAUUCGUGUUGGAGGCCGUUUCACUACAGAACUGAUGAAGAAACACUCUCUUAAACACGCCAGGGAUGGGAUGAAGAAACAGAGAGCAGUACCAUCUCAAAUCCAUGAGGCAAAAAUGGCCAUUCUAAGAAAGAUGAAAUCUUUGACAAGGGCAAUUCACAUCAAUGCAGCUAAACUUGAAGUGGCCAAACGAGAGAUUAUUCAUGAGAACUGCCUGAGAAGCUUCAUGGAUGGUAGGUUGAAAAGACAAUUUCCACAAGAGGGCAAGUCACCGAGAGGGUCCAUCAUAAUUAAGUGGCUUGGUGUUGAAACUGAUCUUACCCAAACAGACAGGUCCAUUGACCAGAGUGACAGAAUUGAAGAUGUCAGUGAUGAAGGUGAUAGUGCAGAUGAGGGGGGCAGUUUAACUGACUAUGACUUGCCAGAGAACAGACGCCGUGGAGAAAUAGUUGAAGACCUACUGGAAGUGUUCGAUCUUGACUUCGACUUUGACACUGAAGACACACGGGAUGUGUAUCAACCACCUGAGACAGAAGAACAAGUUACGCACAAUUAUGUGGCCCUUAAUGUGACACAGCUAGGAGAAGGCAGAGUGUCCCGUUUUAACUUUAGAGAGAGAGAAAAACAGAGGGAAACACUUCAAAAGAAGCGGUGCCUAAAACACAGUCUGAUGAAGAAAAUCACAUCUUUUGACACAAUGACACAAGAAGACGAAACAAGUAUCACCGACAUAUGGAAACUGCAAAGCAAAGCCAGAUGGCGCCUGUAUCGAUAUUGGGUUGAUCUACUUUGUGCACAGGCAUGGGAAGAAAUUAAACUGAAUCAAGAGGAAUACGAAAAAAUAGCUCUUCGUUUUCAGGAAAUAUUGUUGCAAGAGGACAAACUCAUCCUAACAGAGGCAGCAAUAAUUGGAAUGACCACAACCGGCGCUGCAAGAUACCAAAAGGUAUUGAAUGAGAUUGGGCCUAAGAUAAUCAUUGUUGAAGAAGCUGCUGAAGUCCUUGAAGCCCAUGUAAUCGGCACUUUGAGUAAAAGAUGUGAACAUCUUAUACUGAUUGGAGAUCACAAGCAACUCAGACCGAACCCUACUGUGCAUGAACUCGCAAAAAAGUACAAGCUUGAGAUUUCAUUGUUUGAAAGGAUGAUUAAGUCUGGUCUACAUUGUGAUGUAUUAGAAUGGCAGCAUAGAAUGCGCCCCGAGAUAGCUGACAUCAUAAGGCCCAUAUAUCCACAUCUCAAGGAUCAUGACAUUGUGAAAACAUAUGAAAAUGUAAAGGGUGUUAGGAAAAAUGUCUUCUUCAUUGAACAUCAACAUCAGCACAACUUUGAUGAGGAGACUAAAAGCUUCGAGAACACGCAUGAAGCAGAAUAUCUUGCUUGCCUUUGCAAAUAUCUCCUUAAGCAAGGCUACCAACGGGAGCAAAUCACCAUUCUGUCCACUUACUCAGCACAGAUUCGUCGCCUCCGAAUCACAUUGAAGAAGCAACAAAUAAGUGGGGUAAAUGUUGUUGCAGUGGACAGCUAUCAAGGAGAGGAAAAUGACAUUGUGCUGUUGUCACUGGUGAGAAGUGGAAACAAAGGAUCGAUAGGAUUUCUAAAGGAAGAGAAUCGUGUCUGUGUUGCAUUGUCAAGAGCAAAGAUCGGUCUUUAUGUCAUCGGCAACUUUACUCAUAUUGCAGAACAUAGUGAGCUGUGGAAGAAGAUAUGUAUAAAGGCAAAUAUUGAUGAUAACCUUGGUCCUGCCUUGGUAUUAAGCUGUCACAGACACCCAGAUGAGGGUUCCAUCCAAGCUCUAGAUCCGGAAGAUUUUGAAAGUGCUCCUGAAGGUGGAUGUACGAGACAAUGUGAUUACCGACUACCAUGUGGCCAUGUUUGCACAAAGGUGUGUCAUUCAAAUGAUCCGCAGCACAAGGAAUUUCCUUGUUCAAAACCAUGUAAGAAACCCUGCAAGAAUGGACAUACAGGCUGCAAGGAGGUUUGCUACAAGCCGUGCCCUCCAUGUGAGGUUCCUGUGCUGAUAAAACUAGAAGCAUGUGGACACACACAGAAUGUUCCUUGUCAUAUUGAUGCCCGGAGAUACCAGUGCCAGGAGCCUGUUUCUGUUACCAGACCCUGUGGCCACUCUUCCUCUGUUGCUUGUGGGCAGAAGGAUACUGAACCAUGCAACGACCCCUGCAAGGCCCAACUGGCAUGUGGUCAUCUAUGCCAAGGCACAUGUGGAACCUGUCACAAUGGAAGGUUACACCAGCCAUGUACUGCGAAAUGCAUGCAGAUCCUGAUAUGUGGUCAUGAAUGUCAGUCAACAUGCAACGAUUGUCCUCCAUGUGAGAAACCAUGUGAAAACAGAUGCAGUCACAGUAAAUGUGAGAGAAAAUGUGGGGAUCCAUGUGUGCCCUGUAAAGAGCCAUGCAGGGUUGCGUGUAGACAUGGCAAAUGCACAUCAUCAUGUGGAGACAUGUGCAACAAGAAAGAGUGCAAAGACAUAUGUAGGACCAUACUUGGAUGUCGUCACCCCUGCGUUGGACUUUGUGGUGCCCCUUGCCCACGUGUAUGCAGAGUAUGCGAUUCAGAAGAAAUAUCAAGCGCUCUUGAAGUCUUUGGAACUGAAAAUUCCGAGAAAACCAGAUUCGUUCAACUUGAAGACUGCUCUCACAUAUUUGAGGUGAAAAGCUUGGAUAAAUAUAUGAAAGAGAACUCGGGAGAUGAUGAUAAGACAGUUGUCCAACUUAAAAAAUGUCCAAGUUGCCAGACCCCAAUUCGAAGAAAUCAGCGAUAUGCGAACUUUAUCAAAGCGACCCUGUCAGACAUUGAAAAGGCCAAACUGAAGGUCAGAGGAAAUGUAAGAAGAAUGCAGGAGUUGAAACAAUCGAUUGUGUCCAUGCGAAACAGAUUUAAAGGUUCUGACAGGGUGAUGGUGGAUCAACUGACUACGACAAGCCGUGUACCAUCGGAGGCUCGUUUGUCAGCACAGAUCAGUCAGUUGCGAAUCCUGGAGAAAGUAAUUGGCCUGGAGAAAAUUGCAAAAACAGAUGCAAUCAAAUAUAGUUCCUCUCUGUAUGACCUAACUCUAAGAGCCAUAUUGGACUUCAAGGAGUGGCUUGUUAUUCCAAGAUCUUGUUUUGGGCAGCAGGAGAGGCAGGACAGCCAAAGAGAGUUAGAACGUCUAACUCUCAGUCGGUUUCUUACUACCGCAUCUCAGUUGACUGACUCUGAAGGGAAGGAAAUUAGUACUGACAUAAAGAUGAGGCUGGAUGAUAUCAUUCGACGCCUAGCGUCGUCAGAGAAGCACGAGUCAGUUCUGCCAGAUGCCCGUAUGCUGAAAGAAGAAGUCAAGGGCCAUGUAUCUGAGUCUACGAUUGGCGUGAGUGAUGAAGAGAGGGUCAUGAUUGUAGAAGCGGUUGGUCUGAAUCGGGGACACUGGUACAAGUGCAAGGAAGGUCAUGUCUAUGCUAUUGGUGAAUGUGGAAGAGCGUACGAGGAGGCCACGUGUCCUGAAUGUGGCGGGGCUGUGGGAGGUGAUGCCCAUAGACUGACAGAGGACAAUGCCUGGGCUCCCGAGAUGGACGAUGCAGAGGAACUGCCCUGGUCUGAGGAGAGCGACUAUGAACUAGCAUGGAAACUACACCAAGAACUUAAUGGAUAAAUGAUUCUCAUUGCAGCCCUGAUGUUGAAAAAUCCCUGUCACGAAAACAGACUACCCCAGACAAAAGCAGAUACGGUUACACGCAAGGCCUACUGUUGAGUGCAGUCCUUACAGACAAAGCGUCGACCUGCCAACGGGACAACAGGUGUCUCUCAACUCUGUCAACUUUCGUUUUUACGAAGGCGAACGCACAGGUCACAAUGACCUCCUAAUGUGUAUAUACGGUGGGCUAACAGUGACAUCAUAAUGUGUACAGAUGUUAGGCUAGAAUCUACUGUGAUAAAAGUCGCUGUAACAUGGCCAUGUUACACACUGGUGUUCUUUUCAUGUGUAAUCCGAUAGUAUAUCCUUGUGAAUUGCAAAUGUGAACCGAGGGCAUUAUGUGUAUUAUGUCAUACAUUAACACAAACACAAUUGCG